UCAAAAGUAUCGAGUAGGCAAAUCAAACGAUCAGUUUUCAUAGUUAAACAUCAACUUGGCUUCGUUUCGUUGGGUUGGAAUCUUUCCAAUAGUUUAGUUCGGUUUUUUCAAAAUGCAGUUCAAAAUGAACAGAAUAAUACAAUCUAUUUUAAUUUCGGUUUCGAUUUUAUAUAUCAAAGGUGAUGAUUCCGAUUAUUGUUACUCUAAAGAUACCUCACCUUAUAAAUAUUUCUCAGAAUGGACAUCUUACGAUAUUGUGAAAGGAGCAACGGUCAUCGAACAAGGUUGUAGUCCGAUCUACGUAUGGGGUUUGGUGAAACAUGGUGUGAAGAGUUUAACCAACGAACAACUUGAAAGGAAUAAACUUCUAUCUGACCUUAAGAAGGAUAUCAUUCAAAAUAAUAAAGAAAAACGUUGUACAUUGUGCUCUGAUGAUUUCCAAAAUAUAAAUAAUUGGGAUAAUAGCUUAACUGAGAAACAAAACGAAGAUUUGUCCAAGAUAGCCUACACUAAUCACGAAACAUUCGCUACUUACUUGACAAAUUACAUCGAUUCUACUACUCAGAAGCCUACCAAAGAUAAUUUCGAAUUUAGGACGAGCAAAGUUACGGAGGCUGCGGGCAGUGCUCUCAAGUUUACGAAUAAGCUUCUAGGAACCAGUUCUGAAAAAGCCCAGGAUAAUGGAGUGACAGAAAAUAAUGUGUUGUUACGGGCAAAAAGUGACUGCUCCAAGUGGUCUGAAAAUAAUAAAGAAAGAGAUGACUUCAUUUCAACUCCUAUUUAUCAAGCUAUGAGUUACAGAAUAAGUAAUAGAUUAGGAUUCAAGUCUCAAUUACCAUUCGAUAAAAUUUUAGCAAUGUACGAGUCGUGUGUUAUUGGAAAUACUCUCUCCACUACAACUAAACCAGCAUUUUGCGCAGCUUUCUUACAAGAAGACAUGAAGGUUAUGGAAUACCGGGAAGACUUGAAACACUAUUACACUUCAGGAUAUGGAAGCACAUUGAGCGAGAAAAUAGGAUGUCCUUUGGUUAAAGAUAUGGUAGAUAAACUGAGUAAAGCUUCGACCGGAAAUCUCGAAGGAAAGAAAGGAGCGUUCUAUUUCGCCGAUGAUGAAAAUGUAAUGGGAAUGGUUACGAAAUUGGGAUUAUAUCGCGACGAGGAACCAAUCAAACAUGAUAAUUAUCAGUUCCAAAGUACCAAUAGAAAAUGGAGGUCUUCUUCCUUGAGUCCAUAUACUGCAACGAUGCAUGCAAUCGUGUUCAAUUGCGCGAAUAAUGAAAAGAAAGUGGAAUUUUACCAUAACCAAAACGUAGUUAAAUUUGACGCUUGUAAAAGUUCCACUGGUAAUAAAUGCCCUCUCGAUACAUUUUUGACUGAGGUUAAGAAAACAAUCGCCAAAGACGACAAAUGUGAAGAAGAUUAUUGCGACAACAAAUCUUCCGGAGCUGCCAGUAACAUGAUGGGCUAUAGUUUCAUAGUUAUGGUUGUUUGUUUCUUAUUCAGUCGAUUGUGAUUUACCUAGUUAAUUUAUUUAAAGAGCUACCUUUGUGUUUAGUUUGGUGAAUUUUUUAAUAUUUGUGUAAGUAAAUACCAGUUCCUCGAUUAUUACAUUUACUUAUACCUACCUAUCAUUUUUUGAAGAACAAUAUUACCUAAUGGUCUCAUUUCAAUGGAAGAAAAGUAUAUACUUACGAAUACAUCCGUAUAUCUAUUUUUAAAAAACUGAAUAAUAAAGAUGCAGUAUCAUAUGUAUAGAUUACUUGUAAGGUUAUGUAUUUUAGGCUAAUCAAUUAAAUAACACAUGUAUAAGCAUUUUUUAUGGAAUUUCUCGGAAUAAUUUAGAAACAAU